CCCCCACCCGCUCCCGGCCCGGCGCGCCCGCCCUCGCCCUCGCUGCAGCGGGAGGAGGUGGCGGCCCCGGCGCCCCAGGCCCCGCCCGUCCGCGGCCCUUCCCGGGAGGCCGGGAGACCCGCUGGGCCCGGCCCUCGGUGGGUGAGUGAGCGCCGAGCCGGGGCGGCGGGCGGGGCCUCCGCGGGCGGGGGCCGGGACAGGGGCGCCGGAGCGGGGCCGCCGCCUGUCAUCGCCGCGGGCCCAGCGGGCGGACGCGCCACCGUCCCCGCUGCUGCGCUCGGCCGAGCGGGCCCGCGGCCGCUCCCACGUCUGGGCUCCGGCUGGGGCCGCCGGGGGCUCGGUCUGCGCGGCCCUGCGGGGUCUGGCGGCCACUGCCUCUCCUCGGGCUCUCUCUCCCCGGGGCGCGGGGCACGUCCUGGGGCCCCGGCCGGCUGACUCCCCUGCGCUCCGGCCAUGCCCGGCUGGCCCUGGGGGCUGCUGCUGACCGCGGGCACCCUCUCGGCCGCGCUGAGCCCCGGGCCGCCGGGGCCCGCCGACCCCUGCAAGGACGAUGGGGGCGCGCCCCGCAGCUGUGUGCCUGGCCUGGUGAAUGCGGCCCUGGGCCGCGAGGUGCUGGCUUCCAGCACGUGCGGGCGACCAGCCACUCGCGCGUGUGACGCCUCAGACCCCCGGAGAGCACACCCGGCCACCCUUCUGACCUCGGCGGGAGUCACCACGGGCCCACUCUGCUGGCGCUCGGACUUGCUUUCACGGGCGCCCCUCAACGUGACCCUCACGGUGGCCCUGGGCAAGGCUUUCGAGCUGGUCUUCGUGAGCCUGCGCUUCUGCUCGGUGCCCCCCGCCUCCGUGGCUCUGCUCAAGUCCCAGGACCAUGGCCGCAGCUGGGUCCCGCUUGGCUUCUUCUCCUCCCACUGCCGCCAGGACUACGGCCGCCUGCCUGUCCCCACCACUGGCCCAGUUGGCCCUGGGCCUGAGGCCCUGUGCUUCCCGGCGCCCCAGGCUCAGCCCGAUGGCAGCGGCCUUCUGGCCUUCAGCGUGCAGGAUGGCAGCCCGCCAGGCCUCGAUCUGGACAGCAGCCCGGUGCUCCAGGACUGGGUGACGGCCACGGACAUCCGCAUGAUGCUCACAAGGCCCAGCGUGCCGGGCGACACCGGGGCCUCUGCGGCCACGCUCCCUUACUCCUACUCGGCUGCCGAGCUCCAGGUGGGCGGGCGCUGCAAGUGCAACGGGCAUGCCUCGCAGUGCCUGCCGGACCCCCAGGGCCGCCUGGUCUGCGACUGCCGGCACGGCACCGAGGGCUCCGACUGCGGCCGCUGCAAGCCCUUCUACUGCGACAGGCCCUGGCAGCGGGCCACAGCCCAGGAAGCCCACGCCUGCCUUGCCUGCUCGUGCAACGGCCACGCCCGCCGCUGCCGCUUCAACAUGGAGCUGUACCGGCUGUCCGGCCGCCGCAGUGGGGGCGUCUGCCUCAACUGCCGGCACAACACCGCCGGCCGCCACUGCCACUACUGCCGCGAGGGCUUCUAUCGCGACCCUGGCCGGGCCCUGAGCGACCGUCGUGCCUGCAGGGCCUGCGACUGUCACCCGGUUGGAGCUGCCGGCAAAACCUGCAACCAGACCACAGGCCAGUGUCCCUGUAAAGACGGGGUCACCGGUCUCACCUGCAACCGCUGCGCACCAGGCUUCCAGCAGAGCCGCUCCCCAGUGGCGCCCUGCGUCAAGACCCCUGCCCCUGGACCCACUGAGGAAAGCAGCCCCGAAGGCUCCCAGGACUGCGACUCCCACUGCAAACCCGCCCGCGGCAGCUACCGCAUCAGCUUGAAGAGGUUCUGCAAAAAGGACUACGCUGUGCAGGUGGCGGUGGGCGCGCGCGGUGAGGCGCGCGGCGCGUGGACGCGCUUCCCAGUGGCCGUGCUCGCCGUGUUCCGGAGCGGCGAGGAGCGCGCCCGGCGCGGGAGCAGCGCGCUGUGGGUGCCCGCGCGGGACGCGGCCUGUGGCUGCCCCCGCCUGCUGCCCGGCCGCCGCUACCUGCUCCUGGGGGGCGGGCCCGGGACCGCUGCGGGGGACCGGGGCCCCGGGCUCAGCGCCGCGCGCGGCAGCCUCGUGCUGCCCUGGCGGGACGCGUGGACGCGGCGCCUGCGGAGGCUGCAGCGGCGCGAGCGGCGGGGGCGCUGCGGGACGGCCUGAGUCCGCGGGCCGUGCGGGAGCGCGGUGGGAGCUGGGGCGCUGCCCCCAUCGAGGCGCAGGCUCGUCCGGCACACCCUCCUGCCGAGGAGUCUUCGCGGGCGCCCACCUGGGCUCCCCGCGCCGGCGCCAUCCCCGCCGGGCGCCUCCCGCGGAGCCUCCCUCCUGUCUCGGGCGGGGUGGGGCAGACUCAGCGACACCCCGCUCCCGACGCGGACGGGUGGCAAGAGCCCCAAAGAGUUGACUUGUGGCGCCCUUGGGCGGCUGCAGCCCCGGAGGACUCCGGAUCCUCCCGCGCUCUCUGCUCUAGGGGCGCCGUGACCCCCCACCCCCACUCCCAGGGCUGUGAAACCCCUGUGGGCCGGACCCUUCAGGGCCCUGCGGGCACCUCACGGUCGCUGUGGCACCCCCGCCAUGUCGUGGUCCCGAGAGAGCGUUUUGACCUUCUGAAAAGGCACUGUGACCCCUCAAACGGCUUUGAAAGCCCAGGACUCUGAUCCCCAGGGCCACUCCGCCCUCCCGGAAGGCCUGGGACAGCCUGGGUGCCCGUGGACCCCCCACCCCUGCCCGGACCCGCAGAGGGCGCUGCGCCUCCGUCCCCAGCGGGUCGCGGUUUCAGUCUGACCGCUUGACCCUGGUCCCUACGUCUGUCCGGCUUCCCCGCGGGCCCGACCCCAGCGGGGUCCCUGCCUCUCGCCUCGGGCCUGCCGCCCCCCUCUGCCCGCGUCCCUGGACCCGCUGCUCCGGGCUCCUCCGGCCCUCCCUGCGCCGAGGUCCCGCCCCGAGCAUCCGGCCCUGCUCUCCGCGGGGCCCCGCAGUCCCCCGCGGGCUUUCCUCGAGACCCCCUUCACCCCCCACCCCGCAUUCCGUGCUGGGCGCGGGGGCCGGGACCUGCUCCUGCCGCUGCCGCGCCGCAGCGCGCAUGCCCAGAGCCCAGCCGGGGCCCACGGGCGCUCUGGGUGGGCCGCCAGCAGCGCGUG